AUGUCGUCGCAGUACGAAAAAUUCCAGCACUCAGAGUGCGAGAAGCAGAGCCAAGGGCCUGGAAAUGGGCUGCCUCCGCCUCGGCCCUUCCUGAAGCAGCUGUGCCCUGGGCCGCGCCUCCUCCUGCUGGUCGGCAUCUGUGUCCUCGGAUCCCAGAAUUCCAGGUUUCGGAGGGACCUGGCGACCCUGGGAGCAACUUUCAGCAACUUCACUGCGAACACUGCGGCCGAGGUCCAGGCGCUGAGAUCCCAGGGAGGCAAAAUGCAAGAAGUGAUAACAUCUCUGAAAGCCGAGGUGGAAAAUCAGAAGCAGGAGGUGCAGGCAGCCGGCAGCUUGAACGACAAGGUGUUCUCCCUGGAGAGCAAGAUCGAGAAGGAGCAGCAGGAGCUCAAAGCAGGUCAUUCCGAUACGCUCCUUCGGGUGCAGCAGCUGGCCAGAGACGUGAGAUCCCUGACUUGCCAGAUCGUCGCUCUCCAGAGCAACGGCUCUCAAAAUACCUGCUGCCCCCCGAACUGGCUGGAGCACGAGGGCAGCUGCUACUGGUUCUCCGGCUCCUCCCAGAAGAUGUGGACGGACGCGGACCGGUACUGCCGGCAGGAGAGCGCGCACCUGGUGGUCGUCAACUCCAGAGCCGAGCAGACUUUUGUGCAGGAGCACAUCAGCUCACACACGUGGAUGGGCCUCACUGACGCUGACGGAGCCUGGAAAUGGGUGGACGGGACGGACUACGAGACCAACUUCAAGAACUGGAAGCCAGACCAGCCGGACAACUGGGACGGGCACGGACUGGGCGGGGGCGAGGACUGCGCGCAAUUGGAAGCGGACGAUGGCAAGUGGAACGACAACGCCUGCCAGAGGGUCUUCCGCUGGGUGUGCGAGACCAGCCUGGGCACGGCCAGCUAG